UUCAUCAGUAUGAUUUGGCAGAAAUAUUCAGUCGGCGCGAAGCGCCAUCUAUGUUAACGAACAUUUAUUUUCAGCGUCUCCAACCUUUUCGGAACGAUGUCCCACCAGCACUCUGAAGAAGACUGGGUUCACUGUACGUUGUGUCGUGCUGAGAGGCAGGGCCAGGCUGUAUUUCAUAAAGCCAAACAAAGGAGGAUAGACUGGCCCCGAACAAAGCAGUAUUCUACUCCACCAGUUCAGGACCCUCUAGUCUACACAAGUAUCGAUGAUGCUUUUUCCAGUGUUCUGCAAUACAUGACAACAACAUCAAGACAGUGCAGGCGAUACUAUAGCGGUUGCAGUCAAACAAAUAAAAAUCACCAAGACCAGGAUCACUGCAGAAGAUUCCACACACCCAAAUACACCAUGGUUCAGCGAAGAAAUCCACUUCAAUCUGCAGAAGAUGUCCAUGUUGUUGUUCAUCCUGGUUCCUAUGCCGUGACAGCCGGAGCAUGGGGAUCUCCCAGACAGCAGACACAUAUAGUUAAUGUGGACAGAGGGCAAAGUGUCAAUCUAGAUUUUGUAUUUUAGUUGCACAUCCUUUUAUACCAUUCGUGAACAUUGGCCUUUUAUAUUUGCAUAACAUAGCAGAAUCAUUGUCAGCAAUUCUUGAUACACCAUAAUUUUCAGAUAUCCUUAAUAUCAUCAUUAUAAAUCAUCCGUUAAAUCAAGAUGGCUUUAUUAAAUACAAUCAGACAAGAAUCCAGAGUUCAUAGCUGUGUAGAUGGGACAUUUUUAUGCAUAUUUUCUAGCAAAAGUUAUUUUUUUCUUUUUGUACAUUCCUUUUAAAUAUUUUUUUAAAUGUAGUUGGAAGGCACAUAUUAUUUUCCAGUGAAGAUGUUUUAUAGUUUUCUGAAGAUGCUCAAGAUCAUAGACUCCAUGACACUGCGACCAGUACAUACACAACACUUUGUUGUAGUUAUAACUUAAACAAACAAACAAAAAAAAUUAUUCUCAUUUUGCAUGUCAUACCAUUUUCAUAUCUGCGCUGGUCUUUUCAGGCAUUUUGUCAUGCUAGAUUGUUAUGAGAGAGGAAUAUGUGAAAGAUAGUAUUUUGUAGCCUGUAUAUAAUUUUAGUAACAUUUUGAGUUAGUUUUAACGUACGUUUCUUGAUCUAAUGUAUUUUGUAUUGUCCAUAAAUGUGAAAUGAGGUAAAAUAAAUGUAUUCUAAAUUUC